AUGUCGUGGAACAUCGACAGCUUAGCAGAGGGACCCAGAAGGCCGGAGCGGGAACCCUUUCUCUACAACGACGCCACCAGCGACGGCGACACUGGAAACGGAGGGGCUUCCGUGGGGCCACAUAGAAGAGCACGCAAAAUGCUCGUCUUCUCCACCCCUGACCGCGAACUCGCGCUGGCUGAGUACAAGUGGGCUGUACACCGGCUCGACAAGUCGGUCGGGACCGUUGACGGCGCCAAAUUCGCAGGUGGUGCAGACGUGCGGAUUUUGGAGAUCCGCAUCCCCAUGGUAGAAAUCGACGACCUCGUUGAGGCUAAGCUCGCCUACUUCAACCAGGACCCGAUCGAAUCGGACGUAGGGAAUGCCAUGUGGCAGGAGAUGGGCAUCUUGUCGACGCUGAAAGAGCUGAUAAGGCCGCCGUCGCGGUUUGCCUCCUUCGAGACUGUUUGGUGGGAAAACAGGGGCCCGGAUAUCCAAGAAGCGAGGAGAACAAUAAAACCAACUCUGCGUGCUAUCAAAGAGGGAGAGUGGAUUGUGCUUGGUUGUCCGGCUGUGAAGAGGAGGGCUGUAUGGAAUCUUAGUCUGAAAUUUGUUUCGAGGAAGCUGAUUCGGAAGGCCGCAGAAGAAGGCACAGCCACCUCUGGCAAGCCAGAGGAAACGACACCGACACCGACACCGACACCGACAACCAACAAAGACCUCCCCAAAACAUCAUCACCGUCAACCUCAGCGUCAUCCUCGUUUUCCGGUGCCCGUCUUAAUACUAGACAGGCCUUCGGGAUGUUCUUCAUCUACACAGGUAAUCCCUUGAAACGGGUAGACGAGUACGUAAUCAACAUAACCGAGGAUUGGAUGCGGAAAUGGCUCUUCGAGAGAAUUUGUUACUUUGAGUCACACGAGGUAGUUCUGGGGGAAUGA